GCAAACCAAUAAGAGUGUAUGAUCAUUCGAGGAGAACGAAGAGACUGUAAUACUAAUUGUCAGUGGAAAUACUAAAAAGUGGAAAAGUAAAGCAGAUAAAGUUCAUCGUUAACUACACACCGACGAAAUGAGCAUAAUAAUAAAAAUGUUAAUGAGCGGUGCUGCAAUUAUGAAGACCGUCACGGUAGGAUAUAAAGUUAUUAAAUCUACGAUGAAAAGGAAUCUUCGCUUCCACAAACAAGCAAAUAAAAAAGUGAAAAAAGGAAUAUUAUGGCGCGACAUUGACAUAGCUUAUCCCACUUUACAUAAUCCGCAUUGGAGGAAAAUUGGUAAAGUAUGUUCUUUAAUGAUAUAUCCAGUGAAAUCGAGUGAGAUGCCAGUGCUUUAUGAUUCAUUUGAAUUUCGCGAUUAUGGAAUGUGUAGACGGGAAUUCGAGACAUACUUUUGGGACGGCAUGUUUUUAGUGUAUAACAAAACAAAAGGUAAAUUCGAAGAUGGCCGAAGAUAUCUUUUAUUGCGAUUAUUGACAGCGCAGCUCUCAAAUACUGGCGAAGUAACAUUGAGCAGCGACAGUAUUUCCGAUACAGUAAAAUUGGAUAUAGAUCGAUAUCGCAAUCCUUCCAAUCGAUUCGUGAAGGAAACAUGGAAUGGAACUUCAGAGACAUUUUAUGGUUCAAAUCUGUACGUUAAUACAUGGGUAAAAGACUCGAUAGAUAUUGAUGAGAUAAAUGAGGAUGUAAUUUUGGCUCAAAUUCUCCCACGUAAGUGGGAUUCGACACGAAGGAUAAGAGACAAUUGGUGCCGCUUUGUUCAAGGGUACAAAACUAUGGAAGAAGAUGAAACAGGGAAAUUCAUAACUUUACCACGUUUUGUACUGAUGACAAUAGAGACAUGUAUAGCAAUAAGUAGAGAGUUUAAAACUGUGACGCCAAAUAUUGUGGUUAACACUGAUGGAGGAUCGAUAAAUCCUUUUGAAGAGAAAACCUGGGAUUGGAUCAAAAUCGGUAACGAUGUAAUUCUCAGAAAUAUCAAGCCAGUUCCGAGCGUUGAUGAAAAAAUUCAACACUACGGAAUUUAUUGUGCCUUAUGGUCUGGUGGAAAUGUAAAGAUAAACGAUGAAGUAUGUAUUUACUAUUCUGACAUACAGCAUAAGUGCAAAAAGAAUAUUGUUUAAACAAAUGCUGUUUUGUUGUCAUAAUAGAGAAGAGAAAGAAGUUUAAUAUUUGAGCUAAUUUUACUUUAUUGACUUUUAUGGAAAUAUGUAUAGAUCAUUGAGUUCUAUAACAUACUGGAGCGAGCCUUUCAGAAGUGGGGAUGUCUCCAUCGGUCGAAAAAGACAGAUAGAUUACGUGAGGCUAGUCUUCCUUGUCAGCGUAUGUUUUCAGCAUAAGCAAUAGAACGUAAAAAGAGACAGAAAUCCUCACAUUGUUAUAUGUGUCCUUUUCUAAAUCGCGGACGCAGUUUUCUUUGUUCGGGAUAGGAAGGCUCGCUCCAGUAUGUUAUAGAACCCAAUGGUAUAGAUACAUAAUUUAGUGCAUCAAUGUCUGUUGGCGAUACACAAAAACAAACAUUUUGUCGGUAUUAACAUUAUUUCAUUCCUUGUGGUGACUUAUAACAUUUAAUUUUUCCAUGACUUAUUUAUUAUCUUUUUUUCAAUAACAGGUCAUUUUUCUCGUAACUCUAAAAGAUCUAAAUUUUUUCAUUUAUAACAUAUUAUUUAUAACAUAU